AUGGUAAAGAAGUCAAAGGAUGGCAAGGAGGAAGUAGCUCCUGGAUAUAGUGCUUUGUUCGAUGUGAAAGACCUUUAUCCUGCAAUCGAUGCAAUUAUUAAAGUAAUGGGAACAGAAACAUUAAGUGUGAAGCGUGUGAGGAAAACAUUGGAAGCGAUGUUUAACAACAAAUUUAAAGAGCAUCGCGAGGAAAUACGUAAGUCAAUUGUUGACAGAUACCUCCAGAUAAGAGCGGAUGAGGCUAAAAAUGAGAAUGCCGGAUUGAGCGAUCAGGAGAAGAUGAAGCAGAAAAUAGAACAGCUCGAACGGGAAAACAGAAUGCUUAGUGCGAAGUUGAAUGCAGGCUUGAGGGCUGUGCAAAUACACAAGGGAAUUACAAAACGAAAGACGUUCCAAACGCUACCUGACAAGAAGCCAAAGAAAAGAAAGAUGAUAAAGGCCUCAAACCUUUCCAAAAAAGAGCCAAUCACACCAGAGCUUGCCCGCUUUUUGGGUACUACCGAACAGGUAUCUCGGGUGGAUGCAAUCAGAAUAAUGUGGAAGUAUAUAAAGGAGAAUAACCUUCAGAAUCCAAAGAAUAGAAAAGAAAUAUUGUGUGAUGAUAGAAUGAAACCAAUAUUUGGUGACAAGAUUGGCAUGUUUGAAACUAGUAAAGUGAUAUCAAAGCAUUUCAUUAGAGGUAAUAGUUUACCUCCAUCGAAAGUCAAAGGCAGUGCAGGCAACAACACUCUGAAUGAUGUGGAAGUCACAAAGGAUAAGAAUAGUUCUUCAGCAAGUGGUGAUUCAAAUGUGCAAAGAAGUUCUAAGAGUAAUAAUGUCAAGAAAAACGGGGCAAAAAAGAAUAGAAGUCAUCUGAAGAAGGAAGUUAUGGAGAAGAUUUCAUCUAGCUGA